AUGGCCGGUGGCUUCGACAGCAGCGGCGACAGUGGUCAUUCACAAUGGUCUCCUGGAACACGAUAUUUUGUCCGCAUCUCCGACGACGACCAUAGCGGCUGGCUAUGGAUCAUCACUGUUAUGUCACUGAUCUACGUCCUGGUCGCUUUUGUUGUCCGAUUCAUUGUCAAAUAUGGUAAGCACAUACGGCUACGAUGAUUGGGCGCUUCUGGCAUCUACCGUCCUUGCCGUUGGCCAGUACAUCGCUGUCCUCUUUGGUCUUAGCCAUGGACUGGGCAAGUCAACAAGACUACUAUCAGCGACGCAGAUUGACAAAAUCGAAACAUCCAAUUCAGCUCACGUCUUUCUUUUCUUCCUGGCACAUACCAUGUCGAAGAUCUCGACUGCCUUACUCACACUCAAACUAUUCGAAACAGGCAGAGCCCGAAGCUUGCUACUUUCAAGGAGUUUGGUCAUUCUUUCUGCGGUAUAUGGUGUGGGUAGUGUCUUGGCUGCUGCUAUUAAUUGUCAGAGCCCAUCAACUCCACAACCUGACAGUGGUUCAUGUCCAAACUUGCUACUUCGCUGGCAGAUCAGUCUCGGCCUAGAUGUCGCCACUGAGACUUUGCUGGUAGUUGUUCCGAUGAUACUUCUGGUCCGCAUCCUCAACAAGCGGUCCUCCAGGAUCACAGUAGCAGCUAUCUUCGCUUGCAGACUGGUCGAUAUUGUCUUCGCAGGACUCAACUUCUAUCAGAUCACCCUUCUGCGAAACACCAGCGACUAUGGCACAGGCAUCAUACCUCCCAUCAUCUGGAUGCAGGCGGAACUAUUAUGGUCUAUCAUAUCAGCCUCGCUACCUUGCCUCAAAGCUUUCAUGCGACCAUUCGACAAGGUGGGCGAGGAUACUUGGCGAUCGGGACAAGGCUAUUCAGCGUCACGUUCCGGAGGCAGCUUGGGACCAAAACGAGCUUCGAAACAAGGAGGAGCAGUGGCGCAUGACGAUAUCAUGCUCGAGAGAUAUAUGCCUAAUCGCCCGAGCUACAACAACCAGAUUCCGCCGCAGCCCGAAAAGGAGCACGAAUCCGUGAACCCUGGUCAUUAUUCGUCGGCCACAUGUGCGUUGGAAGACGAUCGGCGAAGCUGGGGCUCACAAGAUCAGAUCAUUCACCUCUCGAAACAGUGGACUCCGCAGCACAACGGCACUUGGCGAAACGUGCACGAGUUGCCGUGA